AAAACCUGUACAAAUAACAAAAGAACGAACCUCUAAGAAAUUUGUGAAAAAUAACAAGUAUAAGAUCGUUACUGAGAUUAUUCGGGACUUUACUGAAAUAGUCAUAUCAGAAACUGUUCUCGAAUGUUGUAAAGGCUUUAAAAUGACUCCAUACGAAACAUGUGAGCCAGUGUGUGAGAACUGCCCAGUACAUGGACGAUGCAUAGCGCCAGAAAAAUGGGAAUGUGAAAGUGGCUAUUAUUUAGAAGAACUCAAGUGUGUUGCACAUUGUAGCUCAGGUUGUGUCCAUGGUGGCAUAUGUCUGCAACCGGAAGCCUGUAAAUGCGAACUGGGUAGCACUUGGAAUAAUGAAACAAAAGUGUGCGAAGCAACAGCGGUUACAUGUGGGGAUGCAACAUGUGCUAAUGUACAAACAGGAAAUCAUCUAGGAACAGCAACACUAACAACACCAGCAACAACAACAACAGCAACACCAGCAACGCCAACAACACCAACAACACCAGCAACGCCAACAACAGUAACAAUGACAAAAUUAAGAGACCAAGUUAUUGACGCUAAUGCGAAUGGAGUAGAGAACCAAGGCAUUGAUUAUGAAAUUAACUCGACUGAAUAUAAGGAAAUCUAUUUGAGCACACCGCAUACGAUGCACACGGGAUCUUAUGAAAGCACUACAGAGAAACCACUAAAAUCAACAAAUGCAUGCCCCGUUGGCUACAUAUAUUACCACGGUGAGUGUCGUCCCGAAAUUUUUGCCAGCGCUGAAGCUGAUUGCAAAUUUAAGCCUUGUGCCAAAUAUGCAAUUUGUCAAGAGGAUGGCACUUGCGCCUGCCAGCAGGGAUUCGUAGCACAAAAACCAAAAAAGUUGCAGUUAAAUAACUUCGAAUAUAAUGGAACUACGGAAAAUGUAGAAUAUAUGAGCUCCACGAGCACAGAAAGUGCAAUCAACUCAGAUGAAUUUUCAACAACUACUGAAAGUAUAGAACCAGCGGAACUUGUUUGCAUUAGCUUAACUCAGCUAAAUGAGGAUUCACAAAACGUGAAAACCGCGAAAACGCACCAAGCAGACAACAAAUGGAUUAAUCUAUUUUUCAUCAUCCUUGGUUCAGGUUGCCUACUAUGUGCUGCGCUAUAUUUAACUGUGAAGCUUAUGAGGACAAAACGCGGAAAAAUGGACGUUGAGGGUAGAAAUAAUUUGCAGUGUACCUACGACAAUGCCGGCCUUACUCCAACGCAUACACUAUUAUGCGAGUGAAUUAUAAUGCUGAGCUCUCUAUU